AUGCGCAUCUUUAGGUACGCCCGAGGUCAAUUGUGCAUCGCGAGACAUCUGGUUCUUGUAGACGACUUCUUCAUCAGUUCCAUCCGAAUCUCGUCACAGGCCUCCAAACACUCCAUACUGCCCACGAUGACGUCGUACAUACCCUCUUUGACCCUCCCUAGCUUCCUCUUCGCGAACCCCGCUGCAGCGAUCCUGCUUCCUGUAGCGUGUGGAACAGCUGUUGGCUUCUCCAUCAGUCCAAGCAAUACGCAACAGCAAUACAGGACACUGAAGCAGCCACCCCUACACCCACCUGGCUACGUUUUUGGACCAGUAUGGACCGCACUCUAUGCCACAAUGGGCUACACUGCCUACCGUGCAUGGACUACUGGUGCAACUUCCAUCAACCCUGAGACUGUCUCUCUGGCCAAGCAAGGUGCCACCCUCUACAGCAUCCAGCUUGCCCUGAACCUGAUCUGGACUCCUCUGUAUUUUUCCAUGGGCCGUCCAAUUGCUGCCACUGUCGACAUUCUUGCUCUUGGCGGCACUGUCGGUUAUCUUGCCUACAUCUGGGGCCAGGUUGAUCCGGUUUGUGGAUGGCUGCUUGCUCCUUACCUGGGUUGGCUCAGCUUUGCUACGUACCUCUGUGCAGGAAGCGGUUAUCUAAACAACUGGGACUUCACAACAUCUCUCAAGAAGGACUAAAAAAAAAGCCCUCUCACGGGGUGAAAAUCACAUUUGUUACCAAAGGACAAGAGGCAAGAGAAUAGAUGAGAUGAACAGGUGAACCGUACGGUUCGUGUUCACUUUCAUGUAAUAUGAUACUAGCUUAAUGCAGUACUCAACUCUUA